GUCACCAGAGCUUCUAGAAAGGGCUAGAGUCAGGAGCUGGAGAUAAGUCACCAGGCACACUCCGGGGUCAGUGAUGUUCUCUCCUGCAGACUGGCUCCGAGCUACUGAGGGUAGGGCCAGGGACUUGUCCUGUGGCCCAGAGCUGAGUCACAGGGAAGUCAGCAAUGGCUCCACCCAGGAGCAGAGCAGACCUUGCAGUGCGGGUAGCCAUGCCCUGGGCCAGGACUGCAUAGAUGGGCAGAUCUUGGGCCAGUUGCGCCCCCUGUCAGAAGAGCAAGAACCCUCUGGGGCUACCUUCCUCGGGGAGCCUGCUUUCCCUGAGAUGGAUUCAGAGGAUCUCCGGCUGGCUUCCUUCUACAACUGGCCAUCCACUGCUGGAAUUCAGCCCGAGCCAUUGGCUGCUGCUGGCUUCUUCCACACAGGCCAGCAGGACAAGGUGAGAUGUUUCUUCUGCUAUGGCGGUCUGCAGAGCUGGGAGCAGGGAGAUGACCCCUGGACAGAGCAUGCCCGAUGGUUCCCCAGGUGUCGGUUCCUGCUGCAGUCAAAAGGAAGGCACCUUGUGGGAAGAAUCCAGGCCUGCACCCCCUUGCUUGGCUCCUGGGACCAAUGGGAAGAGCCAGAAGAUACGGUCUCUGCCACCCCCUCAGAUACUAGGAGCAUCCAGGAAUGGAGCCAGAGCCCAGCUGUGCCCAGCACAGCCCCUUCACAACUGAUGGCUAACUUGCUCCAGGUGGAUGAGGGCCAGUCGGCCAGGGCCAGAGCUCCUGCCCAUGGAGGCCCUGAAUUGUUCACAUCCAGAGGAGAGACACAGCCUGAAGAUGUCAGUGAGCCAGGAGCUGGGUCUGUGCAGGAACAGUUGCGACAGCUGCAGGAGGAGAGAGCAUGCAAGGUGUGCCUGGAUCGAGCUGUCUCUGUAAUCUUCGUGCCCUGUGGCCACUUAGUCUGUCCUGAGUGUGCCCCCAACCUGCAGGUGUGCCCGAUCUGCAGAGUGCCUAUCUGCAGCUGUGUACGCACCUUCCUGUCCUAAACCAGAUACUACAAGAUGGGCACCCUGCCUGCCCCAGCCUGUCCCAGACCACACAGUGGGUCUGCUGGGGACACUUGGUAUCGACCACAAACAUAGCACAGCAUGGAAGAAGAGUUCCUGGUUGGUGUGAGGAGUGCUCC